UCCCGCUUCGACCUUCAGGCAUUCAUCUCGCAGCAGAGGGAAGGCCAAAAACAGGCGUCGUCGCUGCUGCGUGGUGAAGCUUUGGUCGGAACAAUUUGGGCUUCCGUUCAGCCCCUUUCUUCACCCUCGCGAUCCAAGACAGCAGCUGAAGCUCCGACGCUGAGUCAGCAGCUCCAGAUUCUGAGACAGGGCUCCUCGUCUUCGCAGUCCCCCGGAUCCAAGAUGUCAAACGGCUCGCAGCUGCGCUCUCCUGGCAGGCGCAUUGGCUGCAUUGCCUUUCCCUCGAGGGCCGGCCAGCGGAGUCCCAUUCCCUGUGGAGGAUCUGCUCCGCGGGUGUCAAGCCCGAGCCCAGUCAUGCGCAGCAACACCUUGCUAGAGGAGCGUCGGCCUGCUCCGCUCGGUGCUGCCAUCUUGACUGCCGCUGGGACACCUCAGGCGAGCGCUAGUGGCACGCCGGGCACUUCGCGGUUCAAGGCAUCGGACUUGGACAGUGCCAGGCACUCGCAGAUAUCAGGAGCGAGCCCAGCAUCUGCCUCCACAGCACGGGCAAGCCCCAAUGCACCCAGGCCCGCCAGGUCGCGCUCGAGCCUGUCUGCUGGCUCUGAGAAGUCGCCAGGCUCCAGAUUAAAUUUUACGGAGAAGGCCCAACGAGAUCUGGUGGAGCUGAUGCGGAGCAAGGAUCGGCUGAGAGCAUAUGCGGAGAGGCCCUUCAAGGCUGGACGCACGCUGCUGGCCGGAAACCGCCUGGGCUUCGAGGACUUUCAGCAAGCUUUACGGGAGCUUCUGCAGGAGCUCCACAUCAGCGUGCCGGGAGACAAGCAGAUGCAGGCACUCUUUGACAAGCACCGUGGCGCCAAUGAAGGCGUUGGCUCCGAGGACUUUGAAGCCCUUCUCUUCCGCUUGCUGUGCUUCCUGCGGGCUUCAGAGGAAGUUCGGGUGAAUCCUGGCGCAGAUGCCCGCUCCUGCUCAGAGGAGAGGGAUAAACGUUGGAGGCAGGAGUUCAUCCAGAAGAAUCCUCAGAGGUUUCACGACGUGUACGAGGUGCAGCAGCAGCUCGGAAAGGGCUCCUUUGGCACAGUAUACCUCGUCUCACACAGGACGCAAGUUGAUCAAAACAAGGAGAAGCGGGUUCGAGUGUGCAAGAUCAUCAGCAAACUCAAGGCUAAAGAAGCGAAAACAUCGGAAGCCAAGGUUCGCGAAGAGUUUGCGGUGCUCAAGCAGCUCGACCAUCCCCAUGUCCUCAGAAUAUUUGAGGACUUCGAGGAUGAUGAGAACUUUUACUUGAUUAUGGAGCAAUGUCGGGGUGGCGAUCUUGGGGCCUACGUCAAACGUUUAGAGCCCAUGGAUGCCUACUCCUACGAAUUCUGGGUGGCGAAGGUGAUGCAGCACACCCUAUCGGCGAUUGCCUACUGCCAUUCGAAAGCUGUAAUUCACAAGGACCUGAAGCCUGAGAACGUCAUGCUCUCCACGACUCGGGACACUCCAGUUGCUCAGAUGCAUGUUGUUGUGGUGGACUUCGGCCUGGCGGAGGUUUUUGCUAACUCGACAGACCGGAGUGAUGUGGUGUCAGGCACUCCUCCCUACAUGGCGCCUGAGGUUUGGCAGGGCAACUUCAGCAAGAGCUGCGACGUUUGGUCAGCUGGAUGUAUGCUGUUUUUCCUUUUGUCGGGGCGUUUGCCCUUCGUUGCCGCCACGGUCAAGGAGUUCCCCAAGGCUGUGCAGCAAGAGCCGGAUUGGGCCGCCAUGGGUGGAGCCACCCAAGAAGCACAGCUAAUCUGCAGGCAGAUGCUCCAGAAGAUGGAGCAUCAGCGGCCCACAGCACAAACUUGUUUGAAGGACAGGUUCACGGAUGGGGGCUGCUUUGAGCACCUGACCUGGAGAGGCCUCUACCCCACCGCAGAGCAUGCAGCAAACUAUCGAAAGAAGGCCUGUCCGUUGUCCGCUUCAGGCAAUAGAAAUCGACUUGGGCGCCAGCUUCUGCAGUGGUAUCGCGCACAUGCGCUGGGCUGCUUUGGGCGGCAGAGCAUCAAGCACCGGGGAUGCCCAACAUACCAAGCACCAGGUGCGCAUCCAGGCCGCAUCCGUUCGGCAAUCUGGCGUAGUCAACAACGCUUGCACUCAACUUCCUGGAUUCGGGAAGAUGUGCCGCCUUUCUCCAUAAGUGACGUUUCGCAGGCCUGCUUGAUCGGUUCGCCAAACCAUUUCGAAUGGCGCCAGCAGAAGCUCUUGGAUUGGGUACGAUGGGGAAGUUGUGGACAGGUUGGCGGUUCCGUCGUAGCAUCUGAGACGCCGCUGCGAUGUGCAUGCAGUGGUCUCUGGUCGGUUUGGUGCAGAGGCCGGAGAGGUGUCUACCUUGCCCAGGGAUCCGAGCCCUUCAGCAACGAUGCCUUUGCCUCCAAGACCUGUUGGUGUGAUGGUGGACGACGUGAAGAUCCUGACUGGCCAUCAUGGCUGGAACCAUCGCGAUUGUGUACCACCUUUUUGCAACUUCCAUUGCUCUGGGAUGGCAUAGGAUUUGAUAAGGACGGCAUCAUGUGGGAGAACAGCAACAUCCGGAAUGUGCGCACAUUUUACGGGCGUGUGGUCCAUGUUGGCAGCAAGCGGCGUGCUGCGGCACACCACUGCACGCCCAGCACUGUCAGAGAGACAGGUGACCUGGGUUUGGCCAGACACGGCCGGCUGGUCUUGAGGGCCCUGCUCCCCUCGUACUACCGCCACGUCUACGCUCGGAAUGUCGCUGAUGUCAUUCAACAUGGCCUUGCAGCAACCAAGUUGGCUCAUGACGUCUUUUCGGAAGAAGUUAGUGAGGUGUGCAGGGCAUCUUCUCGCUGGCUGGACUUCAUGUGGAGUCACAACAAUCUGCGCAAGGGCUAUCUGCUGUCCAACGUCGCUAUGAGCAGAGAUGUGGAUUCCUGUGACACCUCUUGGCCAUGCCACUACAAAGGAUUGGAAAGGAGGGACUCCAUAGAAAAUGAUGGCUGCCUCCUGUGCGACACAGAGCGUCCUUGUUUUGACAGCAGGGCAGAAGAGCCCUGUACGAGUCCGUUCCGAUUCUCUUACUGGAACGCAGAUUGUAGCCGGGGUGCACGGCUCUCGCCAGCACCAUGUGGCUGGGCAACGUGCACAUGCUCACGUGCCAUUUGUUGGUACUUCUCCGCUGAUUUCAAAGCCGCCAUGAGCUGGAUUUCGGGGACAAAACUAAUGAUCUUUCUGACGGUUUACACACUUCUGGAGAAGGGCUGGACAGGGUUGGAAUCGCAGGUGGUUUGUGCGGUUGCCACACAGCUUGAUGCCAGUCAGCAAACCACCGUGAACGAGGCAUUUAAGGCUUUUGAUGCGGAUGGUGACGGACAUCUUUCUGCCGAAGAGCUGAGGCAAGGGCUGAUGCAGUUUGGGGCUUCGCCUGAGCAGGCAGAGCAGAUUGUCGGCGAGCUUGAUGUCGGCCGAACAGGGCAAGUUUCUUACACAGAGUUCCUUGCUGGCAUCAUCAACUUGCGCUGCAAGAAGCCGGAGGAGCAAGACAGACUGCUGUCCAUCGCCUGGGAGCAAUUCCGUCCAGAUGCCAAUGGCCUGGUCAAGGUGCAGGAUAUUCAGAACGCUCUUGCCACAAGAGGCAUGACAGUCGCUGACAUGCCCGACGGCUUCCUUGCGGCUUUGAACAAGGACCACACACAGUACAUUUCCUUCGACUCGUUCAAAGCGCUGCUGCUGUUUGACGAAUCUGAUCAGAUGGUUCCAGCUUCUUCAGAACGAGGUCGAGGAGCAAAGUUUAUUCGGUGGUGUGUGAGCUUCAUGUUAAAGCCAAGUGAGCAGUAG